AUGACUGCAACCAAGAUUGACGGCACAGCUACGGCUAAAGAGAUUAGGGAUUCGAUACGUGCCGAGAUUGAAAAUACCCAGAAAUCAAAUCCGAGGUACAAGCCGUCGCUCAAAAUUAUCCAGGUGGGCGAGAGAUCUGAUUCUACUACAUAUGUGCGCAUGAAGUUAAAGGCCGCCGAGGAGGCCAAGAUUGAUUGUGAGCUUCUUCAAUUCCCAGAAUCUAUUACCGAAUCCGAGUUGAUCGAGACCAUCACCCGUCUGAAUUACGACCCUGCCGUUCAUGGCAUUCUCGUCCAACUUCCAUUACCAAAAGGAAUCUCCGAGUACGAUGUUACAUCCGCAGUCGCUGAUGAGAAAGAUGUUGAUGGAUUUGGGACGAAUAAUAUUGGGGAGUUAGCAAAGCGUGGAGGACGUCCACUAUUCACACCAUGCACGCCGAAAGGUGUCAUGGUCCUACUCGAGAAAGCAGGUGUGGAUCUGAAAGGAAAAUUCGCUGUGGUUCUUGGUCGAAGUGAUAUUGUCGGAAGCCCAGUCAGCUAUCUUCUGAAAAACGCCAAUGCUACCGUCGUGGUAUGCCACUCACAUACAGCCAAUGUUGAAAACUAUCUGAAGAUGGCGGACGUGGUGGUGGCUGCCAUUGGAGUCCCAGGUUUCGUUAAAGGAGAAUGGCUAAAACCGGGAGCUGUCGUAAUUGAUGUCGGCACCAACUUUGUUGAUGACAGUUCCAAGAAGUCUGGUCACAGAUUAGUUGGUGAUGUCGACUUUGCAUCUGCUUCAGAGGUUGCCUCCCAAAUCACCCCAGUUCCAGGUGGAGUUGGUCCAAUGACUGUUGCAAUGCUACUUCAGAACGUCGUCGAUUCCGCUACAGCGUAUUUCGAUCGUCAAAAAGCGAGAGCCAUUCAACCUUUACCAUUGAAGCUCCAAGAUCCUGUACCAUCAGAUAUCGCAAUUUCCCGAGCACAACAUCCAAAGCAAAUCACGCGAGUAGCAAAAGAGGUCGGAAUUGCAGCUCAUGAACUCGAACCAUAUGGCGCAUAUAAAGCCAAGGUUGAUUUGACUCUUCUCAAACGUCUUGAGCACCGUCGAAAUGGUCGCUACGUAGUUGUCACCGGUAUCACACCAACACCUCUAGGUGAAGGAAAGUCUACUACAACUAUGGGUCUCACCCAAGCCAUUGGAGCCCAUCUCAAUCGUAUCGCUUUCGCCAAUGUUCGCCAACCUAGUCAAGGCCCAACUUUUGGUAUCAAAGGUGGUGCUGCCGGUGGUGGCUACAGUCAAGUCAUUCCUAUGGAUGAGUUCAAUCUCCAUCUUACCGGUGAUAUCCAUGCUAUUACAGCUGCCAACAACCUCCUAGCCGCUGCAAUCGAAACCAGAAUGUUCCACGAAAACACUUCUCCAACCUCUGCAUUAUACAAGCGCUUGGUUCCCGUCAAAAAAGGCAAGCGAGAAUUCCAGAAAAUCAUGUUCCGUCGUCUUAAGAAGCUUGGCAUUGACAAGACUGACCCUAAUGAGCUCACGGAGGAUGAAAUUACUCGCUUUGCAAGAUUAGAUAUCGAUCCUUCAACCAUCACCUGGAGACGAGUACUGGAUGUAAACGAUCGUCACUUGAGAGGUAUCACAGUUGGUACUGCCCCAACCGAGAAGGGUCAGACUCGAGAGACAGGUUUUGAUAUUUCUGUCGCAAGUGAAUGUAUGGCUAUUCUUGCUCUGAGUAACGAUCUCGAUGACAUGCGAGAAAGACUUGGACGUAUGGUUAUUGGAUCAUCAAAGAGUGGAGAUCCAGUCACUUGUGAUGAUAUUGGUGCUGGCGGAGCUCUCACUGCGUUGAUGAAGGAUGCUAUUAAGCCUAAUCUCAUGCAGACUCUGGAAGGCACGCCUGUGUUUGUACACGCAGGACCAUUCGCAAACAUCAGUAUUGGUGCCAGUUCGGUGCUUUCAGAUAAGCUUGCCUUGAAGCUUGCUGGUACCGAGCCUGAUGAGAACCAUAAUGAGAAGACUGGCUUUGUCAUCACUGAAGCUGGUUUCGAUUUCACCAUGGGAGGGGAGCGAUUCAUGAACAUCAAAUGCCGUUCUUCCGGACUUGUUCCAGAUGUUAUUGUUGUUGUGGCGACUGUUCGAGCAUUGAAGGUGCAUGGUGGAGGUCCCCCAAUUGCACCAGGAGCUGCUCUUGACAAGGUUUAUCGCGAAGAGAAUGUCGAUAUUCUCCGAAAAGGUUGCGUCAACUUGAAAAAGCAUAUUCAGAAUGCCAAGUCAUAUGGUGUACCAGUAGUUGUUGCUAUCAACAAAUUCGAGACCGAUACUGAAGCAGAGGUUCAAGUCAUUCGUGAAGAAGCCAUUGCGGCUGGCGCAGAAGAUGCAAUUCCAGCAAAUCACUGGGCAGAAGGAGGAAAGGGUGCUGUUGAUCUCGCUAAAGGUGUCAUUGCCGCCAGUGAAAAAGACAAGGAUUUUAAACUUCUUUACGAUCUCGAUGGAGGUGUUCAGACCCGCAUCGAAGCUAUCGGUAAACAGAUGUAUGGCGCCGACAAGGUUGAGUUCAGCGAGAUUGCUCAAAAGAAGGUGGAUACAUAUACCAAGCAGGGCUUUGGAAAUCUGCCUAUUUGCAUUGCCAAGACACAGUAUUCAUUGUCUCAUGAUCCAAAUCUCAAGGGUGCACCAACUGGAUUUACUGUUCCUAUUCGGGAUGUCCGGUUAGCUGCUGGUGCUGGAUAUCUCUACGCACUCGCAGCAGACAUCCAAACAAUCCCCGGUCUUCCAACAGCUCCAGGCUACCUUAACGUAGACGUCGACACGGAGACAGCGGAGAUUGAUGGACUAUUUUAG